AUGGCGUACUCCCUGCUUCCGGGGAGUACAGCUCGGCGGCUGGCGGGCGAGGCUACGGACCAGGCUGAGUGCGAGGGGAAGGAAGGACGACGGAGAGAACGCGAAGAUGAGGGAGAGAUGGAACUCGAUUUCUGUGAAGAAGGCGUCUCUCACGCGAACCGCAGACUCCUCACUUUUCUCAAGGCAACGCGUCGCGGCAAAAUCCAGAAAGUCGUUAGAGAAAUCUACUUAAGAGAUGACCUUCCCUGCGGGAUUGCCGGCUGCUGUCUCUGCUACGACCCUUCAGACGAGACCGAACGCAAAGGCCUUUUGAGCAUCGACGAGAGGAUCCUUCUCCUCGACACCAAUGUGGCGCUGCGGCAGCUGGAUUUCCUCCAAGAGGAUCCUUGCAUCAACAACUGCCUUCUUCUUUCGUCCGUUCUCUCGGAGGUCCGCCGAAGGAAUCUGCAAACUUAUUCGGCUCUCCUCUCUCUUUGCCGGCAAUCUGCUGAUUCGUCGAGCGGCACCCGCAAGCCAGGAGUGGGGGCUUCUUCUCGGGGAGACAGAGAGAGCGAACGCGCGGAGAAAAGGUUCACAGCUUUUGCCAACGACGUGUUUAGAGCGACUUUCGUAGACCGGGAGGAAGAGGAGACACUUGAGGCGCGCGACAGGAGAUCUCUCUUCGCGGCUGCUCGUUGGUUUUCCGAUCACCUGCUCGCCGCCGGCGCCGCGCUGGGCCUCGACGCCAGCCACUUGGGACGCGUCACGAUUUUGACAGACGAGAAAAAGCGGAAGAUUGAGGCCGAGCAGAGGGGCCUCGAGGCUCUGACUCUCCGCGAGUUCGUCGAGGAGAUGCGCGCGCGUUACCCAACGGCUGGCGAGAAGUUAGCUCAGCUGGAAGACGAAGGGGAGGACGAGCCUGCUGUGGCAGAUGGGGAGGGCGCGCUCGGACAGAGGAGAACCGAGGGAACAGCAAAGAGGAGGAAGACAGCGUUCUACGACGCCCACCUUCGAGAGGAAGAAAUCACUCGCCAGUUGAAAACGGGGAAGCUGCUAAAGGGCAAACUCCGCAUGGCGCCGACCUGCAGCUGGAGAGGCGUCGUUCUCCUCUCUGGAGGCCGCGAAGUGAAGAUUCGCGGGAAGAAGAACCUGAAUCGCGCCGUCGAGGGGGACGUCGUUGCCGUCGAGCUUCUCGCUCGCGCUGACCAGCUGAAGAGCGAAAAAGAGCAGACAGAGGAGAGAGAAGAAGAGCGGAGAGAGCCCAGCGCGAAGUCUCCGGAAGAAGCCGAGACACGCGUCAUCAAUGAGAAAGCUGUCGCGGCCGGCAACUUCAUGCGCGAGUCUGAACAAGACAUCCAGGAAAUCGAAGAUGAUGCUCGUGUGUUCCCCACCGCAGAAAUGACGGACGACGAACUGGGUCCAGAGGACGCCGAUGACGAAGAAAUGGAAGGAAAAGUCGUCGGAAUCAUCCGGAAAAAUGCUCGCGAAUUCUGCGGCACUAUCCGACCGUUUGACAAUCCCUUCCGGACGGAAACUGCGACAAGCGGCCUUCCCACUGAAGUCGUGUUCAUUCCCGCGGAUCCGAGAAUCCCCAACAUCAUCUUGAAGACAAGGCAGUACGAACAACUACUAAACAAGAGAAUUGUCGCCGUCAUCGACUCUUGGGACCGCUUCUCUCGAAAUCCACGGGGUCACUGGACGGAGAUCCUUGGCGAAUUUGGAUCGGCUGAGGCGGAGGCGAACGUCAUUCUUCGAGAGCAAGGAGUCGUUUCACGAGAUUUCUCUCUCGCUUCUCUGCGGUGUCUUCCGGCAAAUACCUGGACUUUUGCCGACAUGUCUGAAGAAGACAGGAAAGGGCGUCUUGAUCUUCGUCACGUUUGCGUGUGUUCAGUGGAUCCUCCAGGGUGUAAGGACAUCGACGACGCCCUCAGCCUCGAGGUUCUUGAAAAUGGAAACUACCGAGUUGGAGUUCAUAUCGCUGACGUCACGUAUUUCCUUAAGGAAGGGACUGCACUGGAUGAGGAGGCGUCAGAGAGAUGCACAACUGUCUACCUCGUGGAGCGCCGUACGGAUAUGCUUCCUUCGCUGUUGACCACGGAUCUCUGCUCUCUUGUAGGGAAUCAAGAUCGCCUUGCGUUCUCGGUCCUUUGGGAGAUGACCCCCGAAGGAGACAUUGUCUCUUCUUCGUUCCAUAAAACGUUCAUCCACUCGCGGGCAGCCUUGACCUACGCCGAAGCGCAGAACAUGAUCGACGACCCCAACGACAAGUCGGAGCUGGCGGAAAAUUUGCGGCGGCUGUUGGCAAUUUCGAAAGUGAUUCGGAGAAAGCGCACGGAGGCCGGGGCUCUUCAGCUCGCUUCCCCGGACGUCCAGAUCAUUCGAGACACUCUGAAAGACAACCGCGACGACAAGACGCAGCCGCCCGUAAAACCGACGGAAACGAGGAGAGGAGACAUCACUUCAGAGAAGAACGAGAACGGCGAGAAAGGCGAACGCGCGAAGGAGUGCUACGCUGAAGAAGUCGUCCAGGAAGAGGCUUCAGACAUCGCGUUAUACCAGGCGCGAGAAACAAACCGAAUGGUCGAAGACUUCAUGCUGCUGGCCAACACAACUGUCGCGGAGAAAAUUGUCAGUUACUUUCCUUCUGCGAGUCUCUUGCGGAGGCACCCCGAUCCGAAGGAGAAGCAGCUGGAGGCGCUAAAGGAACUUUUGAAGUCCAGAGGCAUCGAAAAUUUCGAGUUCUCUUCGUCAAAACGAUUGGCGGCUUCACUUAAUGCCGUGGCAAAAGCUGCGCCGGAACUGGAUUUCCUUGUUCGCAUUCUGACGACGAGAUGCAUGAACCAGGCAGUGUACUUCAGCUCCGGAGAUAUCCUUUCAAAUGCUCACUCCGCCAAGCAGUCCUUAACUGCGGCUCUUUCUUCGUCCUCGUCGUCCGUCGAUAUUAGUCCUUACUUCCACCACUACGGUCUGGCAGCACCUCUGUACACUCACUUUACUUCUCCUAUCCGAAGAUACGCCGACGUCGUCGUCCACCGGAUGUUGGCAGCAGCGAUCGGGAUAGCUGAAGUCCCUCGCGUGUGUCGAAACAAACAACAGCUGUCGCAACAAUGCGAGUUGCUGAACGUGAAACACCGAAACGCACAGAUUGCCGGACGAAACAGCGUCCAGUAUCACGUGUACAUGUAUUUCAAGAACAAGGGAGCGAAAGAAGCCGUAGGCACGGUGACCAAAGUCAAGAAGAACGGGGCUAUGGUGUACGUCCACAAGUACGGCCUUGAAGGAGUUGUCUUUUUCAACGAGCGGGAGUAUUCGUUUGACGCAGACGAACAACACUUGGUAAAUCGCUCUUCGGGCGAAACCGUCCAGAUUUUCGAUGCGCUUCUUGUUCGGAUUGAGGCAGAACAAUCCAACGACUUCAGGCCCUCGGUCGCGAUGAAGUUGAUUCGAAAAGCAACUGACCAAGAGCGCGCGUAGACGAAAAUCAACGGCUGGUCGCUGUCGAAGCGAUGCGGAGAAAACGUUCUUUCAUAUGAGUGGCGGACUCGUAUUUUCUCUGUUACUUCGCCCCCUCAACUUGACUUCGUCUGUAAACCGUAAAUCGUUAACUCACACUUGGAUAUUCGUUGUCUUGCAAACUCGCCUGUUCUCCCUUUGACGACUUACGUUUGUAGGGUCACUCUGCUUCGUCUGUUUUAUGGGGUCUCUUCGAUUUUCCACUGUACGUGUUGGCUGCUGCGACAAAGGCUUCGACAGGCUCUGUACAAGAAGAGCCGCUCCGGAUUUGUGGCUUCUGCAAAGGCGACUCAGCAACUGUAUGAGCUCUCUGCUACG